GUGAACAUUCCACUGGCUCCUACAAAGAGUCUGACAGUCUGGCUCCUCAGUUCAGUUCAGCUUCAAUGCUGUGAUGAUGAUCCACUGAAGAGGAAUCAAAAAAACAUCAGAUGAUUCCCUGGAAAGACCUGAAGACUCCAGGUGUGCAGCCUUGGGAGAGAUUCGUCACGACAUACAGUGGUGACUAUAAUCCCUUUAGUGAGCGCCACCUACAGGACAACCAGCUGAACCACAGAACUGAAGCCAAACCUGCUCCAGCAUUAAUCAGCCCACCUCAGACUGAACGUGAAACUUGGCCUAUAUUUCAACAAUACUUGUACAAGACAACCAACAGCACCUAUGGCUCCUUUUCACCGCCUCCCUCUUGUUCCCUCCACGUCAUCUCCUCACCUCCAUUUGGCAUCCUCUCUCCUGUUUCUGAGGCGACUGGGGUUGUCGGCGGCGCCCUGACAGAGGCCAGGAGGGAGACUGGGCCUUUACUUGUCAAGAAGGGGAAAGGCCAUCUGCACUAUGUGUUUGGUGGAAAUGCAAAUGUGUUGGAGCAGCAGGAGGCAAAAGACGAGUUGCAGCAGAAGGUUGACGUUCUCUAUGAGGAAGGUGUGAUUGUGUUGUCGUCCCAUGUUGUUCCGGCCUGCUGUGAAAGCUUUCUCAGUUGUGUGUGCAGAGAGGCCGGACUGCAGCACCUGCUGAACCUUCCUGUGGCCUCUUCUCCCAUUGUCAAAGCUGGAAAUUGGGAGACCAGUGCCUACUUGAGGGGCUUGAGACAAUCCGUUGGACUGAGAGACUUCCUUCAGCCUACUUGCAGGCGGUGCAGUUGCUGUGCAUGGGAAACUGAGUGUGCUGAUAGGUGCUGCUUCGAGAUGCAAACCUUCCCUCCUCACAUCCCUCAGAGCAGCACCCUGCCUCUGGCCCCCGUACAGCCGACUGUCUACCACGCAGAGUCCAGCAGGACGCCGCUGCUGACGGAGUACCAAGCCAGCUACGGUGCUGAGUGGGCCCAACCUAAUAUCCAGCAGCAGAGUGACUUUCCUCAUCAUCAUCCUCCUCAUCACUGUGUAUUUCAUCCUUCACUCUGAAUCUCAACUUUUGUCUCAAUAAAAAGCUGAUUUUUUUUU